CAACUUCCGCGAGAUUUGACAAAAUAUCAAAGAUGGCCGCAAGCAGAAAAACACAAAAAAGUCGUUCUCGUAGAAGAUUAGCUGCCAUCAGUUUCCUUUCCAAUAUUUCGUUGGAUGGAACUCACACAGACACAAAGUUUCCACUUUUUAACAGAAAACAUCACAGGUUAAAAGACGUAUGUGUAAAUGACUCGAAAUCUGCUGACGUUAGUCCCGAGGCUCAAAACAGUGCGUGUGUCAGAACAGAACGAUCGGCGUUUGACAACCAGGACGAAAACGUCAACGAUGAAAACGUAAACACACAGAACAGUCACAACAACCAUGUUGAUCGGGAUCAUAGACAAUCUGAGAAGGGACCUGAGUCGCCGUCAAAACGAUGGAGAGCCUCCUCCUGCUCUGAUGACCGAGACAAGUAUGUGAAGCGCAAGUUGAUGCCUUCCACCAGUAUCCCAUGGUCAACCCCCCAGGCCACAGCUCAUGACCCUGCUGAUAAGAUAGGAGAGCGUCUGGCUCGAAGGUCCAGCUCCAUGUCCGGCGACUCGGCAGAAUCCUCAGCCUUAAGAGAAGUGCGCUUCCUGUCUGGCAACUCGACAAGUUCCAUCAGGGGUGGACGUGUGGUGAUAGUGACUGGGAUGAAGGCGCCUGUCGCCAUGUGCUCUGUGGUGCCCUACAGGCGGUCAGCAAACAGAGGUGAAGGUCACAGUGAAGAAGGUCGCACACGGCACCACUCAGGUCACUCUGGGUCAAGGUCAGUGUCAUCUCAAGAUGGACUGCUGUAUGUAGGACUGCAAGCAAUAGUCAAGGUUGAAGAGGGUCAGGACGUGUCCUACAGUGAGUUUUUGGUUCCGUCCCGUCCUCUGGUAUUGAAGAGGACAUGUUCAGAAAUACCCCACUCUGAAUCGGUUCUUCUUCCCCCAGCUGCAGGCCGGGAGUACUUGCGGAGUCACUCACAUGACCCUAGCAUGUUUUUCCAGCGUUCGGGGCUGUUCUCUGCCCUGGAGAGAGUCCCGGAAGAGAACACGGACUUCUACGACCCCAACCUCCUGGACGACCCCGAGUUGCAGUCUGGGAGCUACAGGACUCUGAUGACUUUCCCCUCCUAUGUGACCUCUGUCAUUGAGUACGUCAAGCCCUCCAGCCUCAAGAAGGAGCUCAAUGAGAAAUUCAAGGACAAGUUCCCCAACAUUCAGCUCAGCCUCUCCAAACUGCGCAGCAUCAAGAGGGAAAUGAGGAACAUCUCUAUGGUCAAGUGUGGUGUUGAUAUGUGGACUCUGGCCCAAGCUCAUGUCUUUUUUGAAAAACUUAUUCUCAAGCCUGUCAUCAACAAGCAGAACCGGAAGCUUUGUGCAGCUGCUUGUCUGGUGCUGUCAGCGAAACUCAAUGAUGUCAAAGGGGCUGAGCUCACAAAACUCUUUGAGCAAAUAGAAGAUGACUUUCGACUGCAUCGCAAGGAGCUGAUGGCGUUUGAGUUUGCAUGUCUGGUUGCCCUGGAGUUCUCACUGCACAUCCCAGACAGCGAGGUGUACCCGCACUACCAGCGUCUGCUGUACCGCUCAUGACACUGGCCUCGGUGACCACCCUUAAACAAAUAGACACACAGGGAACGGGGGCUGGCAAAAACUCAAUGGACAGCCUCCAACAAUGAAUUUGUGUUGUCAAAACACAAAACUCAGUUCUUUUCCAAGUUAUAUACACUUGGAAAAAAGUUAAGCACCACACCUUCUUUAGUUUUAUAUAUCACAACCCUCUACAUGAUGUUAACAUCAUUUUGACUUCAAGCCUAGAACAAGAACACUCUAUGGUACUCAGGAAGAACGCAAGGACUGGUCAUAGUAUACGAUGCAAAGAACCUGAGGAAACAGUUAGAUGACUAGUCAGAUAGUUGUUACAAAACAUGUUAUUACAUGAUUGAUUUUGGUUUCUUGAAUUCAAUGUGUGUAACUUCUACACAAAAGGAUGUCUUGUCCAAAUAUAUAUACAGGAUAGGAUUUUAUGAAAUGGCUACUUUAUGUCGAUAUAUAUGGUUAGUGGUGCAAAAUUAUUUUCCAGGUAUAUAGAGUUAUCUGCCCUUUUGACUUUGGAAUCAAAUACAUCAGCAGGACACUAAAUACUGAUUCUUGUCUAUGACGUAUCAGUAUCUGAUUAAGCAAUUGAAAUCAUCUAUGCUUAAUUUUGUGUCGUAGAAUUUUUUUCUAGAAAUGCUGACAAAUAUUGCUACAUGAAAGUACAUAUGUCCGCUUCAGCAACUAUGAAAUGUUGUUGAAAAAGUCGAGAGUAUUUCCUGAGCUCCUUGCCCAGCCCUGUUGUGUCGCUCUGUGUCUAUCCUAUUGUCCGAAGUGGUCACCUUUGACCAGGCCCUGCUGUGGAGCCAGGCACAGCAAUAAGGGUCUGACAUCGAUCACAGACUCCGUGACCCCGGCUACUCAUCACCUCACCUAGAGGUCAUGUUGCUAAAGAACUGGUCAUUUAUGAUAGCAGUGGGUGGGCCGUCGAAAUUUGUCUUUAAGAUGGCUUCAUAUUUUCUGCAUCAUAUUUUUGUCAUUAUUUAGAUAAUGUUCAAAUUUAAAAAAAAAAUUGUUGAAAAAAUAGAACUAAUUUUUUCAUGACCACCCCCCACCCACACCCCCACCUCAAGUCUCUCUAACCCACCCCCCACACCUACAAUAAAUGACCAGCUCCUAAUUACAAAAUGUAAUGUAUCUGUCUGUCCCACCAGCAUAUGAUGCAGGUGGGGCUGUUGCGAUCAGUAGCAGUCAAAACUUGCCUACUAGUCUAUGAUCAAUGGUGUCUACCCUGCUGAACCUACUGGACCAAAGAUGAUUUUACAAGACUCUGGCUUUGGACUUCUGGAUGAAGUCAGAGACUACUGGAUCAGUCAGAGAUUACUGGAUCAGUCAGAGACUACUGGACAAGUCAGAGACUACUGGAUCAGUCACAGACAACUGGACAAGUCAGAGACUACUGGAUCAGUCACAGACAACUGGAGAAGUCAGAGACUUCUGUAAGACUGUGUUUCUGGAGUAUAUCUCCAAGACAGGUCAAUAUAUCUCCACCAAACUUUGCAUACAUAUCAACAUCAAGGUUAUUAUUAAGGAUAUCAAUGGAAAUUACAGCAAGUCGUAAUUUCUAAUAUUUUAAGAUUGCAAUUAUUAACUUGUUAGUGUGGGUAUCACGUGAGAUAUACGGAAAACUUACCAAACAUUGUUACGGUGUUACUGACAGUGCUUUGUUGCUGGAGGCGUCCCGUGAAGAUCUGGGUUAGAAAAGGUCGUAAUAGGUAACUAACAGGAUCAGGUGGUCAGGCACGCCGUCUUGGUUGAUGCAUGUGAUCGUAUCCCAAUUGCAUGGAUCGAUGCUCAUGAAAUCAAUCACAGGAUUGUCUGGUCCAGAUUUGAUUAUUUACAGAAAGCCAUCGUAUAGCUGGAAUAUUGCUGAGUGUGGCAUUAGACAACAAACUAACAUUGCUGGAGGUGCAAGGGUAGCCUUGUCAGAGGGCCCUAGUGUGGAUUCCUAGAAUUAUCCUGAUUCAGCUUGAAAGUAUGUGUACCUUGUCUUUGAGUGAGAGGACAGUAUAGCCAUACUUUGCGUAAGGUGAACGUAUCAUUUAACACACCCUAUUCUAGGCUCUGUAUCCUCUGUGUAAUGUCACACAAUAGUUGCACAGACUACAUGAAGAAAUAAAACAAGUAGUACUCUGGGAAUUUCUGGGGAGGAAAAAGACAGGAGUCUUUUUAAUGGUGUUGAUUUUUGCUGUAAAAAUAUGUACUGCCCUGCCAUCCUUCUUGGCAUUGAUGAGACGCUGUCACUCAAGUGUUGUUGCUGAUGCUAAUGCUGCCCAAACACCAAAUUGUUUUUUAGCUUUAUGACUUGUUAUGACUUGAACCCUUGCAGCAGUUUAUUGUAUGCUGACGUAUUAAUGGUCUCUGUGACAAGAUUCAAACGCCAGUUCUUUCUGCAUAUUGUUUGAUGAUGAAUGUACUGAUAUUAGCUAUAUUAAUGGAUGAUUUAUUUCAAUGCCUAGUGUCAAGAGUUAUGUCAGUUAGGCCUCAUUUACAUUUUGGCAUAGUUGACAGAAGUCAGAUUUUGGCUUUCUGAAAUAUUUCCGACAUGUCCUGUCAUCAGUACUUCCUGGGUUUGUAUAAACCUCUUUUCUCCAACACCCGUGAGUACAGAGGCUAUACAGUGUAGUGAUGGUCAAGUUUCAAGUCCAUGACACAAGGUUUUUUAGAACUCCUAAAGUCAACUGAGCCCCACCCUGGGCAUGUAUGCUAUGUGAAUCUUACCCUUGCCGCAUGUUGAAGACUGUGAGAGUAGAUGACGGCAAGGCUGUAGCACGUGUUGCACGGUAUAUAUUAUAAGUUGUAGCAGCCUCUGGCUCGUGGUAUAAAACCUAAUGAGGAGUGCAUAAAACCCCAUGUACCCCUAGUGAUCCUGUUAUAAUGAAGUUAUCUUACCGACAUGUCUUAACAUGACAUUGUAAAGGAAUUAAAACAAAUUCAAAAUAGAUAGAAAUCCGCUUUUGAUUGAGCCGAGGUUAGCUUGUGCUUUGUCACGUGACUUUCAUUGAGUCAGAAAAAGCUUUUUUCUUCGAAGUGAGGUGUGAGUGAUUUAUCCUGCCUCUCAGAAAUCCACUGGCAGACUGUGUUGCUCGUGGCAGACUAUAAGGGAUUUAUUCUCCUGCUGAGAAACUGAUUUCCCUCCAGGGCGGGAUACAUAGUAUUUUAUCAAGAUCACGUGGCCCAAUCAGAUCUCAUCAUUCUGACAUGGAGGUAUGAUAAUACCAUUUGUGGGAAGUAAUCUGAGCCCUCAUUGGUCAGAGCCCUGGAACCAUGCUGCGGUUUAAUUUGUUGGUUAAAAGUACCGGUAGUGACUGACACAUUUCAGCUGUAUGUCAUGGGUGACAGAGAAAUACUGUGUUUACAAACCCCAAGUAUUGAUGACACCCUGCAACUUGUUACAUGUAUUAGUUAAUUUAUUCAACUGUGUUUGUUGUUUGUUUUGGAAAACUCCCAAGAGUAACAAAGUGAAACAAAGUUUCACAAGUUGUGUUUUUUUCACUUAGAAUGUAGAAGAGUUUGAUAGGAAUAUCAUCGGUAGUGAAAUUGGUUUUAUUUUGUUUAGUUAAAAGUUUUUAUCUCGGGAAAAAGUCCUAAGAAGGACAAAGUGCAACAAAGUUAACAUAGUAAGCUAGAGUUUCACAAGUUGAACAUAUUCACUUAGAACAUAGAAGAGUUUGAUUGGAAUUUAGUUGGUAGUGAAAUUGGUAUUAUUUAGUUUAGUUAAAAGUGUUGCCGUCUCCUUCUGUUCUCCCUCCAGCAUCAAGCCAAGAUUGUUGUUUUAAUGUACCUGCCAUAUUUAUUUCUGUUACUGAGAUUACUUACUAUUUACGUUUACAGUGUUAUAUAUUGUUGUCAUACUUAGAUUGUGCUGUUGCACCUUGUGAUCUCACGUUACUGUAGGGCAACAGGGAGGGAGCUGACCUGGGGGAGGGGCAAGGGGGUCCUCAAGUGGAUGAUGUUUGGGAGAGGAGAGAUCCUUUCUCAUUAGACUUUAAUUAUGUAUUCUGGAAUAUCGAGAUGGAAUUUUGUAUUUUUUUGUGAUAUUUUGAGCUGGUUGAAUUUUUAGAUAUAUUGAAAUGUUAAACGAAAUAGAAAUAUGGAAUGGCAAAACAGUGUUUAAAAUUAAGCGCACAAUUCUCGGGGUCUUUGCCAUGGGCCUAAUGGUAAAGAUUAAAGGGGUUCUCAGAUUCAAAUAUUAUUGGAGCAAACUAUAAGGACCCCUUUAAUUUUGAAUAACUGCGUUAUUAAUGUUUUUGAAAGGUAUGUAUUAAUAACUGUCAUACCACAUCUUGACCAUACUGAAUAUUUUUUUGCAUUUAAUAUUUAAUUUUGUUUGCAAAUUUUUCUGAUGUGACUUUUCCAUGUCUGACUACAAAAGAUAUUGAGUCUUGUUAUAAUGUAUACUGCUGUUCCAAAUACUCGGCUAAAGAUGGCCCCCCCCUCUUGCCCUCCCCCUCCCUCCUGUGGACACAGGGGCCAUAACUCUGUACCGUGCGAUCUCACUUGAACACUAGUCACCUUGUGAAACCAGGCAAGACAGUCGCGCAACUCGACUAACAACCUCAGUGUUGUCACUUAUAUCAGGAAAACAAUUUUCCAUUAUUGACAGAGACCAAAUAAACUCAGGGGCAGAGCCAGGCGUUUGAGGAUGGCACACCAUCCAAACAUCCCUUCUAACAUCUUCCUGAGGCAAGGGAAUUAACUGACUAUAAAAGUCCAGUUUCCACCCUUGCCAAACUAGGCUAGAAUUAUGGAGUUAUAUUUCGGCUGGACUAACAAGUCUAUGCAUAGACCUAUUUCGCAUAACGAAAUCGACCUUCAGUUUGUAUUAUGCUGUGCAGAUAAUUGUCGAUUGCAGGAUUUGCAAAGCAUGUAUAUCCUCAACUCUGCGUGUGAUCACGUGAUUCGAUGCACUUUGCGAAGUAAGACCUGGUUCAUUUCAAUAUAGAUUUUGAUUAUCGAUCAGAUCGUCCUGACUGGGCAUCACCAUUUUGUUUGAAGCAAAUGCAAGUGAUAUGUGAAGUAGAAUCUGAUUGGUCAAUAGGAGGGACAUAGAAGGGACAUCACUCGUAAUAGCCACUGGUUGCGCUCUGAUCAAGCCCAGCAAUUCCAUCCCAGUACGGCAAGGGUGGAAACUGGACUUUUACGGUCAGUGAACUCACCUGCCUCGGGAAGAUGCCCUUCUAAGGGACACAACUCAUGCAGACUCAGUGUGCAGAAUAUCUUGUAUUGUCUUCCCUUGGUUCUGUCUGUCAAGGUUGCUUUAUGUUUACAAAUGAUAUGGAAUAUUACAGUGAAAUGUUGAGCCUGAAUAAUGGUUUUCUGUACAUGAAUCGCUCAUAAUAUUUCUGGGUCACAAGGUAUUGGCGGAACCAGAAGCAGCAGUAGAUCACUACAUAGAGCAUUAUCAUGGACCACUUCACCAGUGUCAGGACGUCAGGGUUCUGCCAUUGUAUAAUGGGUGUCAAACACGACAUGACAUCAUUACAGUUGUGUCAUUCACAAUCUUGGUAGGAUGUAAAACAAAUAUGAAUAUUAUUUGGUGUGUAUUACAUUUUCUAAAACAAGGCCAGACAUGGCUGGAUUCACUGUGUAGAUUUGCAUCCCUUUGGUGUGCCAGGAUCCUUGAUGCAACGAAAAUUCUCAUACAUGUAAAGGGGAGUCCUCCUCCUUCUCACUAGCAUUACAAUUUACACAGAUUAUGACAGUGUAUUGUGUAUUGUUGAACUUGACAGUGGGUACAAGAUAACAUGUUUGUAUCAUCCUAAGAACUUUUGUAGGUCUGUUAAAUUGCCCCUCUUGCAAAAUGCUGUAUCUGGCCUCGUUCCACAAAGCGCUCUUAGUGCUAGGGUGAUCCUAACAUAGACUUACAACAGUCGUAGUGCGAAGUUGAUCGUAACUCCCAUUCCAUAACAUAGACUUACAACAGUUGUAUCAGUAUCACUGAAGUGAUCGUAACUCCCACACAUUAUUAUAGACUUCCGACAGUCGUAGCUCUAAGGUUGCUUUGUUGAACUGGGCCCAGGGCAUUAAUUGGUUCAAUACGGUGUAUGUGUUGAUUUGCCAUCAAUAUUAUUUUGUGUCUUUCUAAUCUCCAUGCUCAGCUACAUUCUGUAAAUGAUCGGCCAUUUCCCUGAAAAUUUGCUGUAAUAGAAAGGUGUGAGGUUGGCCGACAGGCUCAACUUUAGGGGCAUCAGAAAGUAUAAUGAUACAAUAAUAUCAUUUUAUUAAACAUACCACUGUCUCAAGAAUUUUAAACAUUUUCCAAAAGUGAAUGACCGGGAUGGUUAAAUUAAUAAGGACCACAGGAGACGAGAAACACACAAACCUACCAAUGACCUUGAGCGAGACCUUAGAAGUUCUUGAAGGUUAAUGAAUACAUAUACAUCAUCAUCAUAGAUUGUUACCCUUCUGUAUGUGUGACGUUGGGACUGGGUAUCGGUGAAGUUAGACGCGAUGUAUUCGGAUACAUCAACGUGCAUCAUGUAUUGACAAUGUAUGAAGGACGGAAUCAACAUGUGACUUGAUUCGGACUUCAUGGAAACUCAUGUCAUGUUUAACCUCCAUUAAGAUGACCAACAAGUACACAGAAGUGUGUACUUGUGAUGUUUCAUUACCUUUUAACCAUUCGGAGUAUUUGUCCGGUGAGCGAAAGACAACUACCUGUUUGUAGGCGUUGACGAAUACACAGAUUUACUGUAUGUUCUGUAGCUUACACAGGCUGUGUAUCAUACCUUUCUUGAUUUAUCAUCAUACUGUGCUGUGAAUAUGUAUGUACAUAGUCAAGAUUGGCACUAUCUCAUAGCCCUCGUAUAUAGCAUUGUACUACUGUGCCCAAGUCAAGGGAAAAUGCAGUCUCAUUUUCAGAUCUUUUCUCCGAUACGCAUCCUAUCCGCAUGAAGACACUUCGCAUCAGGUAACUUUCCAAUCAGCUAAUCAGCACUGAGGCUUCAUAAUUCUUGGUAUGAGUGAGAGAAGCAUUCAAACAUAUCUGAAUUCUGUAUUUCGAAAACGAGUAUGAUUGGGAAGUUCUGAAUACAAAUAAAUUUUUGUUAUGGUAAUAUAUUGUUCUGGAUAUUUUUCUAUAUCCUGUUGUUUCUGAGUAUUAUGGCAUCUACACCCAAAAGGGGUAUUUUUGUGGGGGUUGCCUUAGGCUAAGAUCCAUUUAUGCACUGAGGUAGUAAGGAAAUGAAGCCAAAUUGUUUUUGGAAGCCGACAUCUGAUUGGAUGAAGAGCCCACACAGAUCAGUCAAAAGAUUGCUCAGGGUUCAUCUGAUGGGAUCUCCUAUGGAGGUAUGCUCAGAUGUUUAUGCGGAGGGGUAUUGUAUCGGAGUAAAAGAUCUAAAUUUUACUAGACUGGUCAAAAUGUGACAUUUCUGUGCAUGAUAUGAUUGUCUUUUUUAUUCAAUGGAGGAAAUUACAAUCUGACAUUUAAUUGAUGGUUAUAAGCCUUUGCUGCAAAAUCGUACUGAUGAAAUGCAAAAUAAAUAUAAAUCCAAAAGCUACAAUUUGUCUUAAAUGGCAUGAAAGUCUGUUUGUCUGUACCAACUCGUCACCAUAAUUUCAGACAUUGUCAUGAAGUAGAGAAAAAAUUGUUUCACUAACUAUCAUUAAUUGUUGGUGUUUUAAGCAUGUUGUUACAAGGGGGUCUGCGCAAUAAACAUAACAGCUGAAGGGCAUCACGGAACACAGGGAUAGUCUCAAAACUUGUAUUCUGAAUUAUUUUCAUUGUCACUGUCAACAAAAUAAUAAUUUGACCGACAGCUGCGUGAUCUAAUCCAUCUCAUUUACAAUAUGAACCAUUAAUUUUGGUCUCAACUUUGUCAAUGCACCCCGUCUGAUGUGAAUUACCAAGGUUAUCAAAUCAUCUGUGAAUUUCAUCAUGUACCAUAUUGUAAUGAUAUAUUGAGCUUGUUUCUGUUUAUUUUAUUAUUUGCAUUUGAAAUUAGAUGAAUAGCAAUACCAAGAACAUCACUAACAUUGAUUUGAGAAUAGUUUACAGAUUCUUCUUGUAUAUUCUGUUUAAUAACUAAUACAGAAACAUAUGCUUCUGAUUUAGGCUUUUCUUUUGACAUGAUUUUAUGACAAAAAAGUAGUAGGUUGGCCUAACACUCUCGAAUGUAGGGCUGUUCUGUUUACAGUGCAGACCCCCUUGUAACAACAGGCAUUAAAAUACCAACAAUUACAUGAGAGCUUCUAAAACAACUUUUUCUACCCUUCAUGACAAUGUCUGAAAUUAUGGUGAUGAAUAGGUACGGACAAAUAAAAAACUUUCAUGCCAUUUAAGACAAAUCGUUGCUUUCAGAUAUACAUAUACUCACCAACAAAAGAAAUGCACAUACCAUACAUGUUGGUUAAUGUAUGAAGAAUUACUCAUCUUCAAGAGAUAUUAGAUUGAUUUGACGCACAAAUGAACUGGUAUGUUUAGUGAACCGACAGUCAUGAACACAUCACAUGAGACGUCAUAGAUCCAUGACUGAAGAUGCACCAUUUGUCCUGAGCAGGAUUUAAAAUUUGGAAAUCACCUGCAGCAUAUAAGAAUAAAGACACGCUGUGGUAACACUUGACUGAUUGUUAGUUUUGUCAUUAGUGGUACACAUUGGAAACAUUUCUUCUAAACGUACACACUUCUCUCUAUGUUCCUAUGGUUUAGUUUCUUUUGGCGGUGAGUAUAUUUUGUAUUUCAUCAGUGUGAUUUUGCAGCAAACAAAAAUGGCUAUCACAAAUGUCUCGUCACUGUGUGACGACAAUACAUGGUUAUGUUGUUGUUGUGAUUGAUUGUCAGCCAUUACACCAUUGCUUGUUUCGUCAUGAUACAGGUGUUUUGUUGAUUUCAAUGUUUUACAGUGAUUAUUACUGAAAUCAUCUGAUACUGAAAUAUCAUUUACAAGAUGUCUGUUGAUUAAAACCAUAUCAUAUCCGAGAAUAUAUAAACAAAUGAUAAAUAUUUUAGCUAUUUUUCAAAGCAUCGUACAUGUCCGGCAUUCUGGUCUGUUGUAUUCAAGAUAAGAAUCAGCUACACAAUGCCAACUGAAAUUAAAAUUGAAUAUCAGGGAUGGACGUUAUCAUGGAAAAUCAAGCCUAAAAAUGCUGAAUGGAGAUAGCGUGUAGAAAAAUACUUAAUACCCUAAAGAAAUUUGUUAUGCAAAUUUCCUGGUACAUCUGGAGAUGAGGAAGCUAGUUUUGGACAGUCCUCAUUUCUAUCCCUGAAAUUGAAUUGAUUUUUGAAAAUUUCAGUUGUUUUACCUUUUUGUUAUUGUAAUCUGUAAACAUUUCAUCAGAAAGUGUGGUUACAUGGUCCUGUAUUCCCAUGAGAUGUGUCAUGUGUGGGAUGUCAUAUUUGUGCGAGAAAUGUCGUGAGAGGUGUGUCACAUGUCAUGUGUCACGUGUGUCAUGUGUCCGAGAGGUGUGAUGAUGCUAUGCCAAUGUGUGCUGAGCAGUGUGUGGAUUCGUCUCAAAAUGUUACUACCAGCUUAAUGUUCUGGCCAGUUUUAAGUUUCAUUACAAAUUUGUUUUCCAGAAAUUUGAUUCUGCGAAGGUAUCAAUAAAGUCAGAUAUUAUGAAGAAGGGUAACUUAUCUUGCAACCUUCAUUCGUUGCUGAUACAGUGUAUUAAUUUGAUUUUUUAGUUUUAAUGCUUGUAAUGAUCUUCAGUAACCUUUUUAUUUUGAUCAACUAAGAGGUGCCCAAAACCAACCAGGCAAGGGACAUUUCAGAAUCUUUAGACCAACUGAAUUUUUGCUAGUGACAGGCUGGUGGGCAGCGGCUAUUUCGCACAUGUCGGGAGUAUCAGGACAAGAGUCUGUGUGUGGGUUUGUUGAUACAAGAAAGCCAGGAGUGAUAUCUUGGACCAACAUAAAUGUUUAUUUUACUACAGACGAAGUUGUUAUAUCAAGAAUUUACUUAAUAUUUCUACAAUUCAAAACAUGCAGAUUGUAGACAGCUGUACUUUUUAUGUCUACAUCACUUCCAUCAAUCACAUUAAUAUUUCAAACAUAAUUGGUGUUGCUUUCAAGACAUUGCAUCGUUAGUUGGUGAAUUACCAAGAUUUUGCUUUUACCAGCUUGGUUAUUCUCAUAAACUUUCUCUGAUUUGAAAGAACAUAAAAACAUUUUCCUUGGUUCGUUAUAUGACUUUUUGUAAUGGGCUGAGUUGAGUAGCCGUGAUACAUGUAUGUCCUACUUAUAUGAACUUGUCUUGCAUGUCGUUGCUGGUAUAAUACCAUUGAAGUGGGAGGCCGAGGCCGAGGCUGGUGAGAGGCUUCUGUAUAAUACCAUUGAAGUGGGAGGCCGAGGCCGGUGAGAGGCUUCUGUAUAAUACCAUUUAAGUGGGAGGCCGAGGCUGGUGAGAGGCUGGUGAGAGGCUUCUGUAUAGGGCAUUGUGUUGUACAUAGCAAACGUGACUGUACAAUCAUCUGUGAUAUGCUUUUAACAGAAAAAAAUAAAAGUGUUGAAAUACU